UGAAUAAAUAGUCCUCUCCAUUGCAAUAAAAAUGAUAGCUACAUUAAUAAUACCCAUCAUGGUCGUCAAUUUGGCUGCCGGUUAUACAAAAUGCGACAUCAAAGACGUACAAACGACCGCCACAGCUCACUUUUACGCACGUAAAAAUACUACUAUGGAGAAUGAAAACGAGACAAUCCAUGGAGUCUCAAGAUACACAUGCAUGCAGACAUGUCGUAAAAAUAAGUCCUGUUUGGCAUUCUCCUAUGCAGACAAUAUAUCGUUGUGCAAUCUGUAUGAAUAUGACAGCAAGUCAGCCGACAUGUUACUCAAACAUGCUCCAGGUGUAUGGUUUUACGAUAUGCAAAAUAAUGCUGAAAACUCUGUACAGAGCUACGUUGGUCGUUGUGCACAGGGUCAUCCGUGCCUCAAUGGCGCAUCCUGCCGAAAUGACUGUUCACCAAAGUGCGUGCACCGAUUUCUACCGCGGUGA